AUGUGUCCACGUAGGAGCAUUGGAAGCAACAAAAAUAUUGCAGAGAGAGAGAGAGAGAGAGAGAGAGAGUGUGUGUGUUUGUUCGUGUUGUGUGAGAUCCAACUUUGCUUUUCCAUGGCUACGGCCUUCGUGUGUUAUUUUGCUACUUCAAUCUCGGCAAUUCGCCAAUGUUGCAAUCCGAAGCUCCGGAUUGAUCCUUGAUGCCCUGAAAUGCUGAUGGAAGUGUUGCGGAAGUCAGUUCACUUCAAUUAUUAGUUAUCACAAGUUUCGUGUCAUAUUGGCGGUUUUCUGACUCUCAACUCUGUUGUAAAUGCCAUAAAUCAGUCAUAGUUACUAUUUGCACUUGUAAAUAUUCCAGGGUUAGUUUCUUUGUGCAUAUGUGUAUGUGAAGUAGGAUAGCUAGAUAAAGUUGGAAUUAGUUUUAUGUUUUGUUCUGAGUUUGAUUGCUGGUGGUCCCACUCCUCUUGAGAAUUUGGGUGUCAUCAGGUAUGGAAAUUUUGGAGAUGAAUUGGUGUGUCAGUGAACCGGUCACACUUCUUGCGUUAUUACUAUACCAGUAUUUUGCAAAAAGAUUUAGUAGCUUGAGCAGCUGAACUGUUGAUAUGGCACAAAAUAAGACAGGUAACAAAUUAGGUGCCAACACUGCAAAGGACCUUGGUGUGCUUCCUCAACACAUCCAGCCUGAGUUAGGUUGUGGUUCAGAUACAGGACAGAUUGUGUAUAAUAAUAUUGUUCUAGCCACUGGAAGAGGAUUUUCAGAGAAUAUCAGUCAUGAUGGAGUUUCUGCAGGAAGAGUUCCUGAUUCACCUGAUAUAUCUCGAAGUUCUGAGCAUAGAAUUAUGUUGAGUAGGGAGAAUGGCCAUGUGAGAUAUGAAGAACUUAGUAAUAUUUUAGGCUUGAGGAGAAUGGACUCUGAGAAUGCUGCUGAGAUAGCUGAAAUUCCCUCUCUAAACAAGCAGGAUCAGGAGAUGAAAAAUGGGGUUCCUGGAGUCAGUUUAAGAAAAACAGUACCUGGAGAUCGUGGUACGAGGAACAGAGUUCAAUCAUCGACUGGUGAUCAUCCUGGUGCCAGACCGGUUGUAUCACCCCUUCUCAGAUGUGAGUCUUCACAUUCUAAUGGAUUUUCUGUUUCAGGAACUUUGGAUGAUUCUUUGCCAUGGAAAAUGAAGCUUCUAUGCAGCUCUGGUGGAAAAAUAUUACCCAGGCCUAGUGAUGGGAAACUCAGAUAUGUAGGGGGAGAGACCCGCAUAAUAUCUACAAGAAAGGAUUUAUCAUGGGAAGAGCUUGUAAAGAAGACCUCGAGUAUUUGUAGGCAACCUCACACAAUCAAAUACCAGCUUCCUGGGGAGGAUCUGGAUGCUCUAAUAUCUGUUUCCUCGGAGGAGGAUCUUCAAAAUAUGACAGAGGAAUACCAUGGGUUUGAAAGGCGUGAAGGUUCUCAAAGACUUAGAAUUUUUUUGGUUCCUUUGACUGAAUCUGAAGAGACGCCGUUAACUGAAGUGAGCAUGAUUCAACAAAGUGAUCCUGACUACCAAUAUGUUGUUGCCGUGAAUGGCAUAGCAGAUCCCAGUCCAAGGAACAACAAUGGUGGGAUGAGUUUGACCAAUGAAGCAAGUCAGUUUGCUCCAGUUUUUCAGAAAAUUUCUGCAAAUCCCUCUUCUGCCUUUGAGAACAGGGGUGCUAUUAAUUCUUUAAAUGGAGAUGGGGUUCUGAACAAAUCAGUUUCUCCUAUUCCUAUUCAGGUAUCAGGUUCUAGUGCAGGUUAUGUUCCAUUUCUUGGUAAUGAACGGUUUCAGGGAAGUACCGAGAGCAAUGUGUCAUUUGUUACUGCUCUGCUACCCCCUGAGAACUCUGGCACUGUCAUUGCUGAUUGGCAAUACCCUCAGCAUGCAGCUGCUGGUCAGUCCAAGAUACUCAAUGGACAGCACUUCGGCAACUACAAUCUUGGCAAGGGAUUUGUGACUCAUGGUUGCGAGGGUAAAUUAUUUGGUGAAAGGCUGUUUCAAAGGGAAAAGGGAAACUACUUUGGAAAUCCUCUUUCAUGCUUGGAAGAUCCAAUUUGUCAACAAGCUGAAUCUGAUGGAAUUUCUGGUUCCCCCUAUGGGCUGCCACAUGCUUUUUCUGAUUCACAAUUGCAUGAGAGUGCUGUUAGGUCUGGUUACUGCUCACAAGAAAGAAUUGGCCAAUCUUUUUCCUUGAACCUUGAAAAUACUCAAUUAUCUUCAAUCCUUCUUUCUAAUAUCUCACAAGGGAAUCCUUUGGAGCUUCAACGUGAUCCUAUUCUCCACCAUCCCCAAAUACAAAGUACGAUACCAAAAGGUGACUCCACCGAGCUGUGCAAAAGGCAAGAAAUGACAUCUUCUUCUCCAUAUUCAGAUUCAUUAGGAAUGAACUGUGAUGUUUAUAAUGGUAGCAUUUCAACUGAAAAUAGGUACCCUAAAGCACAGUCCAGAUUAACUGACUAUAGCUUUGUAGCAAAUGAUAUUCAAGAUAACUCUGUUAAAUUAGAAAAGAUGAAGAUAAUUGAAGAGUAUAAUUGCUUUCCGAGUAAUAAUGGAAAUGUUUAUGUUGAGAAACCAGCCAUCAUUGAUAUGGGAAACAUGAGUGAAUUGCAUCUUUUGGACUCCUUCCUUCCUAGUAACUCAAAUUCUCAGGUUAAUGUGCAAAAGAAUUGGGAGGUUACAUCUGAGGAUAGAAUUCCUGCAUCAUCUGGUAUGGCGGAACUUUCUCCAAAUAAUAUCGUGGACAAGAUCCCAUCUGAUCUUCUUGAUAUGAGCCAAAGGACUGAUGAUAGCAAGAAAUGUGCAUUAGCUGAAGGUUUGAACGGGAAACAAGAUAUUGACUUUUCAUUGACCAGGAUAUUUGAUUUAAAUGCCCCAUUAAAAGACGAAGAAAGCUCUUCUGGCAAAAGUAAUCUGGGCAAUAAUUUCUUUGAGCUAUCCAUUAACCCAGACUCUCUUAAAUGUGCACCAAUUCAGCUUUCUGAGAACCAACUGGCUUCAGGAUUUCAUGAAAAUUCAACACUAAGCUCGGCUAGAUUGCACCCUGCUUCACCUCCUGUUGAUUAUGGUCCAAAGUUCAACUUGCCAAUGAAUGUGAAUACUGCAGGCGAGAAUACUUCUUUUAGAAGGGCACCUUCUUUCCUUGAUGACUCGGUGAGCAGUACAGAUCAAAUCAUUGAUCUGUCAGAUCCAUCAAAGAAUAUACAAUGGUGUCACGAGGCAAGCCGGGUACAGCCAUUUGUAGUAGGAGACAAUGUGAUUAGUGUUUCUCCUCCAAAUGUUGAGUCUUCAUUGGUACAGAGCUCAAAUUCCGUGGAUGAUAUAGGAAGUGAUGUUGGAUCCCUUGCUCAUACAGAAGCAGAAAGCAUCCUCCCAGAGUCUGAACUGGAGGAUUUUAAAGACAAUCAAACAGACAAGCAUGACUUCCUUUCUGAUGCAAUGAUAGCAGAAAUGGAAGCCAGCAUAUAUGGUUUGCAGAUAAUAAGGAAUGCUGAUCUCGAAGACCUUUUGGAGUUAGGAUCUGGUACUUAUGGAACUGUUUAUCAUGGAAAAUGGCGGGGAACAGAUGUUGCUAUAAAGAGAAUUAAAAGGAGCUGCUUUGCAGGGAGAUCUUCUGAGCAAGAACGGUUGGCAAAAGACUUCUGGAGAGAGGCACAAAUCCUCUCAAAUCUUCACCAUCCAAAUGUGGUGGCAUUUUAUGGAAUAGUACCAGAUGGGGUUGGCGGAACCUUAGCAACAGUAACAGAGUUCAUGGUUAAUGGUUCUCUUAGGCAUGUCCUCAUCAAGAAAGAAAGAUUACUAGAUCGUCGUAGAAAGCUGAUAAUUGCCAUGGAUGCAGCUUUUGGUAUGGAAUAUUUGCACUCGAAAAACAUUGUCCAUUUUGAUUUGAAAUGUGACAACUUGCUUGUGAAUCUAAGGGAUCCACAGCGACCCGUAUGCAAAGUUGGAGAUUUUGGAUUAUCAAGGAUCAAACGAAAUACACUUGUGUCUGGGGGUGUACGAGGAACCCUUCCAUGGAUGGCACCAGAGCUGUUGAAUGGCAGCAGUAGCCGGGUUUCUGAAAAGGUUGAUGUUUUCUCCUUUGGCAUCUCAUUGUGGGAGUUAUUCACAGGGGAGGAACCAUAUGCAGACAUGCAUUGUGGUGCCAUUAUUGGGGGGAUUGUAAAGAACACUCUUCGACCACCUAUUCCGGAACGCUGUGAUCCUGGAUGGAGGAAGCUAAUGGAAGAGUGCUGGUCAGCUGACCCCAACAGCCGACCAUCAUUCACGGAGAUAACCAGCAGGUUACGAUCCAUGUCUAUAGCACUUCAAGUAAAGGGAACUUCAUGAGGUAAGACCUACCAGUGCUUCAUGAGACCAAGACAUAAAUUUUGCAGUUAAUUUCAAUUGCCCGGGACCUUCAUCUUAUACACAACCUUUAAAGAAGCACUCAAGAAGACUACGACUGAGAUUGGCGUGCGGGUUAUCAGGAUAAUUUGGCUAUUGUUUCUUGUUAUUUUUUAUAGUUGUGAUAUAUUCAUUUGUUUAUUCUUUUCUGUAAAAGCUUAGGUUGAGAGCAUGGUACAGUUGUUUUGAUCUACCAAUUUUCUGCUUGGUGCAUGAUUGGACAUUCUGCCAGAAAACAUAGAAGGGAAAAAGAGUGGCACAAAGAAAAGCUUCUUUGAUGUAUAUAAUAUAAAAAGACUACAGUGUGUAUGAUUUUAUUAAUGUAAUUAUCCUCUCUAAUCCUUCCCCUUAUCUUUUUUGGA